UGCGUGUAUAUGUCUUUUCUUCUCUUGCAUCAUCGACAUGUAUCUCUGAGACUCCGGUUAUUCCAUCUUAACAUGCCUGUUAUCGCCGUUCAUUUGGCUCUCCUUUGCCAAGCCCAGUAUCUAAUCUGGGAUUUAUAAUGGUGCUUUUGUUCCAUGCCUUAAUAAUUAGCCUCCAUCCGCAAUUAAGUAUCUAGAAGAUCCAGAAUGUCGGAAAGUUUUAAUGCUGCGGCAGAGGAAGUGAAGCAGCUCAAGGCUACCCCAUCAGAUGAUGAGCUGCUGGAGCUGUAUGCCCUCUUCAAACAAGGAACUGUAGGGGAUGUGAACACAGCCCGACCCGGUAUGCUCGACUUCAAGGGAAAGUACAAGUGGGAUGCCUGGGAAAAAAAGAAGGGGAUGACGCAGGACUCUGCUAAGGAGGAGUAUGUCGCUAAGGUGGCAGAACUUGUUCAAAAGUAUGGGAAAAAUUGAGGUAAAUGUUUUAAAAUGAACUCUCCCACCGUAUCACUUUGAAUUCAGUACACAGACUGCGUGGAGCCUGUGGGGUUUUGCUAUCAUGGCAGUUAUUUCUCAUAGAUAUUCGAAAAGAAACAAUUUUGCAAAAGUCUUGUUCCUUAUAAUGUCUCCCACCAUAAAUACUCACUUAUAGUUUUUAUUACUCUGAUAUUUUCACCAUUUCUGUUGGUGUUUUUGAUAUUAUUUAUAUGUUGAACCAAGCGUGUGUAACGGGAUCUAUACAACAGUUUCUUUUUAUUGUAUUGCAAUAUUUCCACUCUGUGGAAUUUUUUUUUACAUUUUGAAUGUAUUUAUUUAUUUAUUUAUUUAUUAAAUAAUGUUAACUGAGGACAUUAUCUAAUAAAACUCCGUUUGUGAUUCGAAA